AUGCUUGAACACCGAGGGUUCAGCGUUCGUCUCGCCUGUGAAGGCCAGGACUUGGAGGAGUUUUCCGUCAACGUCGACGAUGAAAGGACAAUUAGCUGUUACGUUCCAAGUGAGGCUGGCAAGACGUUCUCCAUUGUUGUGAAGAGCAACUUCGAUGCUCUAGUUGUAUUUGACUGUUACGCUGAUGGUGAAUUCGCGCGUGGGUCACUCCUUUAUCCCCAUACCCAAGGAAUCGUGAAGGGUCCCUACGUCGAUAAGACGACGGUCAAGCCGUUUCAAUUCAUCCCACUUACUGUCACAGACGACGAAAUGGUGGCGAACCCUCGAGAUCCAGCGCUGCGCAAUUUGGGCACCAUCGAAGUUCGAUUCUCCCGUGUGAAGGAAGGGAAGUACUACAGACCAUCGAAGGGCACGAAGUUGUCAAAUCUUCAACCCGUCCACGAGCGGUGCAAGAAAGCGGGCACUCAUCGUGUUUCGUAUGGAGACGGUGUGAAAUCAGAGAAAAUUCGCUAUAAUGAACCAAUCUGGAUUGAUUCACGGGACCAACCCUAUGUUACCUUUAGAUUCCGCUACAGGCCCAGAGAAUUAUUACGGGCACAGGGCAUCAUCACUACUGAGGGGGUUGAGGCUAAUGACGAGCCUUCCGGUUCGAAUACCGCGACAGCCACCGCUGAGACAUACGAAUCGGACUCAGACAUCGUCGUACUUGAUGGCCCACCUCUGAAGAAACGACGCCGCAACGCUACCCCAGAGGUUAAGCCUGUCAUAGACGUUGAUACUGCGAGUCUGGAUAUGGUUGGGAUUAACGAAAUUGGUGACGACCCCAAUCUGGCGGCUAUGGCGAAUCAGAUUCGCUCGCUCACGAAGGAGUUCGAGCGCAAGAUACGCAGGAAGAAACGAGCAAUCGUAGACGCCCGAGUCAAGAAAGAAAAGCUCGAAGAACUCGACAUACUCCCGGGAGAGCCCAAUAUUAUAGACUUAACGGAGAGCUGA